ACUGGUGGAAACGUGGGUGGCUGGCAGUGGGAAAUCGGCCAGCAGAGCAAAUCGCAGAAAAAUGGCACAGCUGCCGUUCGGUAUGCACCGAUCAACUUUUUCGCUUUUCCUUUCAGCGAUCGUGGUUCUUUCACUCGUCUUUUACCACAUUCACCAACUGAGGGUGGAGAUUGGAAUGGUGCACCACAGAAUAUUCGCCUCGCUCAGAGACUUGGAGACAAAAGCAGUGGUGGCGGACCAAUAUUUGGAGCAGCGCGUAGCAGACAACCUGAGAAGAGUGCAGAACAGCCAGCUCGAAAGGGAAAAAGGAAUAAUCCAAAAUAAAGCAUUAGCCGCUGCCGAACAAAAAAUAAUGGAGAAAAUCAAGGAAAUGGCCGGAUCGUUUGACGAUAGGAAACGUAACAGUGAACUCAACGUUUUAGCCUUUGUCAAGGAUUACGUGCACAACUUCAUUACCAAUGAAAUACCAAUAGAUGUGAAAAAAUGGUUUACUCUGGUGAGCAAACAAGCUCAUCAAAUCUGCACACUGAACCACGACGAUCCAGUUUUAAUUAAAUACAUCAGAGAGCAGCUUCUCAUCCAGCCAUCUGCUAAACAAGCCCCUUCACAGCCAAAGAAAGGCAACUACUCAGAUGAGAUCACCGAGCUGCUUGGUAUAUUAAAAAACAAGACCAACGGCACAUUCGUUGAGAUUGGCAACCACUUCAACAGAUCGCUGAUACUAGAAACUGACUUUUCUUGGAAUGGCAUGCUCAUCGAAAAAGAUCCAGAUAAUGUGAAAGAUUUGCUCGACAAAAGCAGAAAAUCUUGGAUAGCCCCUACAUGCAUCAGCCGAAAAGCUACUCCUGAGCUGGUUCCUUUUGGACCAGCAACAAAAAAAGGAGCCAAAGAAUUGGAAAUGCUAUGCAUGCCAUUUGAGGCACUUUGCUUGGCAAUGAAUAUCACAAAAUUGGACUACUUGCACCUCAACGUUAAGGGGAAUGAGCUGGAAGCCUUCAAAAAGAUUGACUACGACAAAAUACGCAUAAGAGUUGUAGAAAUCGGAUCAAACGUGGAAAAGUCGGAGAUUGACGCAAUUAAGAAUAAAUUGCUAGAAAGUAACUACCGGCUACACAACCUAACAGUCAAAGCUGACGACAGACUGAUAUUUGUGAAAAAAAUGUAAUAUCAGACUACCUUC